AUGCAAGCAACGGUCUCGGAGGGAAACGGUCAGGGACCCAACAGCAGCAGCAGCAGCACCGGCCGGAACCACUGCUCGUCACCCAAACCGCCACCGCCCGGGUCGUGGGCUUCGCUAAAGGCCAACGUGGUAAGAUGGCGCGGCUCGCGGAAUCUGGUGCUCGUCAUCGUCGCCAUCGCACUCCUGCUCGACAAUAUGCUGCUGACCGUCGUUGUGCCAAUCAUCCCGGAGUUUCUUUACGACAUCAGACACCCGGAUGCACCGUUGGCCAGCUUCCCGAAGACUCCACCGACUACACCGUGCGAGAAGGAGGCUACGACACCGUACAAUGGCAUUGACGUUACCACACCGGACAACGCCAGCUGGUACGCGGAACGGGAGGAACGGCACAAGGAGCUGGUGGAGGAGACGGUCGAGGUUGGGCUUAUGUUCGCCUCUAAGGCAUUUGUCCAGCUGCUGGCUAACCCCAUCGUUGGACCACUGACACACAAAAUAGGCUAUAGUAUUCCGAUGUUUGCCGGGUUCGUCAUUAUGUUUAUCUCUACUUUAAUUUUCGCAUUCGGCAGGACGUACUCCGUCCUGUUUCUGGCCAGAGCAUUGCAGGGUAUCGGAUCGUCCUGUUCGUCAGUAUCGGGCAUGGGCAUGCUGGCAGAUCGCUACACAGACGACAAGGAGCGUGGAAAUGCGAUGGGAAUCGCACUCGGUGGAUUAGCCCUAGGCGUCCUGAUUGGGCCCCCGUUCGGUGGCAUUAUGUACGAGUUCGUGGGCAAGUCUGCGCCCUUCCUGGUGCUGUCGGCUCUGGCCCUCGGUGAUGGACUGCUGCAGCUGAUCAUGCUUCAGCCAUCGGUCGUGAUCGAGGAGUCAGACCCACCUUCACUGAAGGCGCUUGUCACCGAUCCGUACAUCAUUAUCGCGGCUGGUGCCAUUACGUUUGCCAACAUGGGCAUCGCAAUGCUGGAACCAUCGCUGCCGAUCUGGAUGAUGGACAACAUGGGCGCGAGUCGUUGGGAGCAGGGCGUCACCUUCCUGCCGGCCUCUAUCAGUUAUCUGAUCGGAACGAACCUGUUCGGACCGCUUGGGCAUCGCAUUGGUCGGUGGCUUGCUGCUCUACUCGGACUUGUCAUCAUCGGUCUGUGUUUGCUGUGUAUACCGAUGGCCACCUCCAUUAACCACCUGAUCCUGCCGAACGCCGGACUUGGUUUCGCCAUCGGAAUGGUCGACUCGUGUAUGAUGCCCGAGUUGGGCUAUCUGGUGGACAUCCGUCACUCGGCCGUCUAUGGCAGUGUCUACGCCAUCGGGGACGUUGCGUUCUGUUUGGGCUUUGCCAUCGGACCAGCGCUCAGUGGCACCUUGGUAAACACCAUCGGUUUCGAGUGGAUGCUGGUUGGGAUUUCCAUCCUCUGUUUCGCGUACGCUCCGCUUAUGACCUUCCUGCGGGCACCACCGACCAAGGAAGAGAAGAAGUCACUCAUCGUUGGAGAGCGCUCAUCGGUGCGGUACGUGACCUACCAAAACGAGGAAGAAGACGAAUAGAAACGUACGCUAGUACAUUUCAAGUGAAUUCAUUUUCAAUAACAAUUUCAUCAUAUACACUUCAAAAAUAUACGCUAAACAGCAUGCGCUAAACUAAGCAU